CAAAACUGGUCACUGACUCAUUCUCUGAAGGACAAUUAAUGCCACUUUGCCAUCGAUUGUCAGCAAGGUGGAGUAAACACAUUGGCAACAUUCAGUAGCUGAAGACGGACCAAAUGAUGUCUCAAGGAUCAGUUGGUAGACAAAGCCUGCAUCACAUGGUGCUGAUAGCUGCAUUGAUUGCAUUUGCCAGAGACCUGACCAGCGGUGGAGGAGCACAGGCAUGGACCUACAGCUACAGCACCAGUCAAAACCGUAGAUGGCUUGAAGCCCGCCAGUGGUGCCAGCAGCACUUCAUAGACAUGGUGCCCAUCCGUAACAAGGAAGAAAAUGACUUUAUCAACAAUCUGGUGCCAUUUCACUCAAAAUACUACUGGAUAGGCAUAGGCAAGAAGGAUGGAGAGUGGAUCUGGAAAGAAAAUGAUGAAAAGGUGCCCAAAGAAGUUGAGAACUGGGCACCAGAGGAGCCAGAUGACAUAGCAGAGCAGGACUGCGUGGAGAUUUACAUUAAGAGGCAGCAAGACAUGGCCAAGUGGAACAAUGAGAACUGUCUCAAGAGGAAAGGAACUAUCUGCUACAGUGCCUCCUGUACACAGGAUUCCUGCAGUGCCAAUGCAGACUGUGUGGAGACUAUAGGGAACUAUACCUGCCUGUGCCAUCCUGGUUUCCUGGGAUCACGCUGUGAAGAGGCAAUCUCAUGCGAACCCUUGCUGGAUCCAGAACAAGGUUCUCACUACUGUUUCCAUCCCCACGGGUCCAGUCGGUUCAACUCUUCCUGCCGUUUCCACUGUGAACUUGGCUUUCAGUUGGUCGGCAUGCCACAACUGUUAUGCCAAGCCAGUGGACGUUGGAACCACCCUGUCCCUCUGUGUCAAGUCGAACAGUGUCCAGCUCUGAACCACACCAGCAUCAGCGCAGGUAGUUUGACCUGCAACCACCCCAUUGCACCUUACAGCUACAACUCCACCUGCGAGGUCAGGUGUGAUGAAGGCUAUGAGCACAGUGGAGCGGACCAGAUACAUUGUGACCACACCGGCAAGUGGACAGCCAGUGUCCCAACAUGUACAAUAAAAAAGUGCUCCCCCAUUUUCUUCCCUGUCACGGGCAAUGUGACAUGUGUGGACGCUGUGGAGCCUUUCUCCUUUGGCUCACGGUGUAACUUCACCUGCCAGGAAGGCCGCUACCUGACCGGAGACAACACAUUCACCUGUCUGGCCUCGGGACAAUGGAGCAACCCUACACCUACAUGCACAGUGGUACAGUGCAACAGUUUAACGGCUCCACCCCAUGCCUCCAUGCAAUGUCAGGACCCUCUGGGGGCAUACAGCUUUGGGUCAACAUGUACGCUGCAAUGUGAAGAGGGAUUUGAUCUGAUUGGCACAACCAUUACAAAAUGUUCUGCACAGGGCAACUGGAGUCAUGCACUUCCUCUUUGCCAGGCUAAGAAAUGUAAUCCAAUAAAUCCACCUCAUGGCUCCCUGUCCUGUUCUGACCCAAAUGGUCUAUUCAGUUUUGGUUCUCUGUGCACGACAACAUGCGACGAAGGCUUUCUACUGAAUGGGACAGCCAGCACUGAGUGCACCUCCCUGGGCAGGUGGAGUGUAGACAUACCACAUUGCUUGGCCAUGAGGUGUCCCACUCUGAGCCCUCCCUCCCAUGGCUCUUUGGUCUGCUCUGAUCCCCACGAAGAGUUCAGCUUUGGUUCUCACUGCACGUCAACCUGUGAGGAGGGUUUCCUCCUGAAUGGGACGGCUGACACAGAGUGUACUUCUCUUGGCACAUGGAGCAUGGACAUCCCACGUUGUUUGGCCAAAAGAUGUCCCACUCUGAGCUCUCCCUCUCAUGGCUCCUUUAUCUGCUCUGAUCCUUACAAGGUGUUCAGUUUUGGUUCACUGUGCACAUCAACAUGUAAGGAGGGCUUUGUACUGGAUGGGACAGCUAAUACUGAGUGCACCUCUCUGGGCAUAUGGAGCACAGACAUCCCACGUUGUCUGGCUAAGAAAUGUCCCGCUCUCAGUUGUCCCUCCCAUGGCUCCUUAGUCUGCUCUGAUCCUCAUCAAGAGUUCAGUUUUGGUUCUCGAUGCACAUCCACCUGUGAGGAGGGUUUCCUCCUGAAUGGGACGGCUGACACUGAGUGCACCUCUCUUGGCACAUGGAGCAAAGACAUCCCACGUUGCUUGGCUAAGAGAUGCCCCACUCUGAACUCCACCUCUCAUGGCUCCUUAGUCUGCUCCGCUCCUCAUGGGGAGUUCAGUUUUGGUUCUCAGUGCUCGGCUACCUGUGAGGAGGGUUUUCUACUGAAUGGGACGGCUGACACUGAGUGCACCUCUUUGGGCAUAUGGAGCAGAAAAAUGCCCCACUGUCUCGCUCAGCCAUGCCCCCUGCUGGCCAAGACUCCACAACAUGGUAGGAUGAACUGCAGCCACCCAUACUCCUCUUUUAGCUUCGGCUCCCACUGUGACUUUGACUGCAAUGAGGGCUUCUGGCUUAGAGGAACACCAACUAUGACAUGCAACACCUCAGGCCACUGGAGUCAAGAUCUGCCCACCUGCCAGCCGGUGGAGUGUGAGGCCAUUAGUGCCUUGUCUUCAUCCCUGUCUAUGAACUGCUCCCAUCCUCUGGGGAAUUUCAGCUUUGGCUCCCAGUGUCUUUUCACUUGUGGAGGAGGAUCCUCCCUGAAUGGCACAGAGGUGCUGUCUUGCUCCUCCACUGGGUUUUGGAACGACAGCCUGCCUAUCUGCAUAGGAGAUAUGCCAGAGGGGACUGCCAUGCUGCUGUCGACGAGUGCAGGAGCAACCUACAUUCUCUUGCCACUUGUCCUGAUUGGACUGGCUUUGUUCGCUUUAAUGCGAUUAAAGAAAAAAAAAAAGAAUGUCAUGUAUGUGCCAGCAUGGGGGGAGCAUGAGAAUCCAGCAUUUGAAUCUGAGGCCUGAGUUUUGCAGCAAAUCAUUUCAUAUACUGAAGCCCAAUGCUUGCUGUAAUUAUACAAAGCUUGGUAGUAAUUGGUGCCAGAAGAUUACAGUGGAAUAAGAGCUUUAUGUUAAGAGUGAUUUCAGUUUCCUCAGACAAUCUUUAAAAUGUAGAUAAUAAUGCAUAUUUUGUAUGCAAACCUUGAAUUAUUUUGUUAAAAACACAAAGUUGGAUCCAGCUUGUGCUUGCUCUUGUAUAUUGCUUGAUUGUCAAUAAACUAUCAAUGGUU